GUAUCUUUGGGUAGAUGCUAUCUGCAUUCUGCAAGAUAGUGAGGACGACAAAGCCCAAGAAAUCGGAGGAUGCAACUGAUUGCUCCGAGGGACUUGUGGUCCAUGAAUCCGAUUCUUCCUGGCCACAAGUCAUGUGUCGCAUUCCUUUCUUUUGCAAACGCAAUACUCGGGGCCAUAUCAACCUAAUGGAUGAUUCGGCUCUGGAUUCUGCUCAGCCGUACAGCGCUGGCCAUGUUCAUACCCGAGCAUGGACAUUACAAGAACACUGUCUUUCACGACGAGUCCUUUCUUUCGGCAUUACAGUGCGUCGGCGCUGCCUCCGCGGGAGGUUGAAAAUAUUCCCACCUUAGCCUGCAAUCGGCCACACCCAAUCCUUGAGGAAUCGCCCUCAUUAGUUAGCCUAGUUCUCGAUCAAAAGCGGGAAAACCGUAUCAGUGCUUGGUACCGGAUUUUGGAGCUAGCCUACGCCAGAAAUAUGACCGACCAAACUGACAGUUUACCGACCCUCUCUGGACUUACAUUUAGGUUUAACACGGUAUUACGAGACGACUACCUAGCCGGAAUCUGGAAAAAUGAUCUUUUCCAAAGUCUAUUAUGGCACGUCGCAGAUGGUUCCCUCGCAAGAGGCAUGGACUCCUUCGCUCGACGCAAAGCAAGGGCUCCAACCUGGUCCUGCUUGUCUCUCCGGCGCCCUGUGUCUGUCUCGCGAGAAGCUCUGGGCGAUUUGAUGUGGGCAAAGUGUUCUUUUGAUCCUUUAGUUCUUUGCGAAUACCUUGGCCACGAUAUCGAGCCGGAGAACUCUGCCGCACCUUAUGGUAGGGUUCGUAGAGGCGCUCUGACCUUGCGCGGGCCACUUCAAUUGUUCCAACAGACGUUGCACCAGAUUGCAAUAUAUGCAGAUGAUGGUCGGCUGACGAGCAUGCUGUCGCACUCCGUAAACAAUGAACGCUACGGACAUUGCUGGGGUUAGCGAUUAUCCGUGACAGACCAAAAGAAGCACAAUACGAGGAUGAUUAUGAAGGAGAUUAUGAUUUUGCAGGACUUCUUCUUUCUAAAAGAGCGGACGGUACGUUCGAGAGGAUUGGAGCUUUUGUUUUGCGCGCCUCCUACGACUAUGAUAAGCAGAUGGAGAUUACGACCGUCACGCUCGUUUGACAAAUGUCUGCAAAUUCUUAUUGACCAAUCCUGUAAGUUUUCC